AUGCUGCGAGCUGGUCUUCGAUCAUCGAGGGCGUUGGGUCUCAGACCCAGCGCUGUCAGUCCUGGACGUCAAUGGAAGGCACAAAAUGUCCGGGUCAUAUCGGAUACUAUGAGAAGUUAUGCCGAUAAGCCAAGCAUAAAAGACUCGAGGCCCCCAGUACUCCCCGGAUCUGCCAGCGCAGCCACGUCUGAACCACUACCACCAGGAGCAGUGGUAACUCUCAAUUCAGCUGCCCCAACACCAGCUACUCCAGCCUCUACCACGAUUCCUGCAGAAAAUGUCCCACUUACUCCCCCACCUCCGGGAGUUAGAAUACCAGGGCCUUCCCCUCCAUCAUCGACCCCACCAUCUUCAGCACCAAAGCCAAAGAGACGCUUCUUUCGCAAAUUCUUCACUACAUUAUUUCUUUUGACUACAUUGGGAUUUGGUGGAGGAGUUUACUAUUCUCGAAUCAACGAUAACUUCCAUGACUUCUUUACGGAAUAUAUACCUUUCGGGGAGGAAGCCGUGCUGUACUUUGAGGAACAAGAAUUCAGAAAACGCUUCCCACGGAUCGCAAACCGAGCUCCCAAGCCCCCUAGAGAUACUGGCGAGCAAGUCAAAAUUCCAAGCCAAAGCGGCGUAUCUUGGAGGGUCGCAAAUGAGAACAAGGAUUCUACAGGACGACACACUAGUUCGGCAAAGGAGAAGGCAAAGCCAUCGGAGGCUAUUCAGACACCACAAGAUUCAAAACCAGCUGAUAGAGUCAAGGCCGUUGAGCAAGCGAAGAGAGUAGAUGCUCCAGUGAAGACCUCCCCAGCUCCACCCGCUCCACCCGCACCACCAACUACCCCAGAACCUAAAGCAGAGAAGUCUUCAAAGGACCCCGAAGUGAAUGAGCCAUCUAGAGCAUACAAGAAAAUUGAGCGAAUUGACCCCAUUAAUAUUCCCGAUGGGAACGAGCCUGUGGUCCAAGAAUUGGUUAAGAUUAUGAAUGAUAUCAUUGCAGUCGUUAAUGCCGAUAACGCAAAUGCUAGAUUUACAUCUUCUAUCGACAAGGCUAAGGCAGAAUUGAACAGAGUUGGUGGUAAAAUUUUGGGUAUGAAGGAGGCAGCAUUGAAGGAAGCCGACGAGAAAAUCAAGUCUUCCGAUGGAGAAUUCGAUCGUGCCGCUAUGCAACUUAUGCAGAACUUCAAGAACCAACAAGCGGAGCAAGAAACCCAAUUCAGAGCUGAGUAUGAGUCCGAGCGCAAGAGAAUUCAUGAGAACUACGAGCAAAAGCUUAAGUCCGAGCUCGAUCGCGCAGAUGAGGUUAAUGAACAAAGACUUAAGAACCAUUUGACGGAACAAGCUCUUGAACUCAAGCGUGCAUUCUUAGCUGAUGUUAAAACUCGCGUCGAGGAAGAACGAGAAGGUCGCCUUGGCAAGCUCUCCGAGCUAACUAGCACCGUCAAUGACCUCGAGAAACUUACUGGUGAUUGGAAUACCGUCGUCGACGCCAAUCUCAAGACUCAACAUCUCCAUGUUGCUGUCGAAGCGGUCCGUGCUAAUCUUGAAAAAUCUCAAAUUCCACGUCCCUUCACAAGAGAACUUGCUGCCCUAAAGGAAAUCGCAUCCGAUGACCCAGUUGUCAAUGCAGCAAUCGCAUCUAUCAACCCAGUCGCUUACCAAAGGGGUAUUCCAAGCUCAUCUGCGCUCAUCGAUCGUUUCCGCCGCGUUGCAUCCGAAGUUCGCAAAGCUUCUUUAUUACCUGAGGAGGCCGGUGUCGCUAGCCAUGCUUCGAGUUACGUGUUGAGUAAGCUUCUCUUCAAGAAGAAGGGUUUGGCUACUGGCGAUGAUGUAGAGAGUAUUUUGACUCGAACGGAGACUUUCCUUGAGGAAGGUGACCUGGAUGGCGCAGCUAGAGAAAUGAACGGAUUAAAGGGGUGGGCAAAGACUUUGAGUAAGGAUUGGUUAGGCGAGGUUAGAAAGGUCCUUGAGGUUCAUCAGGCUCUUGAUGUAAUUGCAACAGAAGCAAGAUUACAAAGUUUGAGAGUCGAAUAG